CCUCACCUGGAGGGAAGUGCACAGAAAGGAAAGGCUAAUCCAGAGAACGGUGCACGUCGGGCCGCGGGGCCUUGUGGUGUGGGCCGGCUGCUAUGCUGCGGUGAAACCCCCCAAAACACGAAGCAGGCCUCGGCGCCGUGUGCAGUGGUGUUUCCAGGGGAUGUAGCGAGGGGACAGCUCGGAGGGACACACACCGAGGGAGGGACACACACCGAGGGACCGUGUCCUGCUCCGCCGAGCGGCCUGCGAGCCGAACAAGAUGUCGACCAGAACGCCAUUGCCCACGGUGAACGAGCGAGACACCGAGAAUCACUCAUCGGUGGACGGCUUUGUUGAACCCCCAGCGCCCCCCACAAAGUCUGCGAGUCGCCACAGUCUGCCGCGAUGUCGCAACUCUUUCACCUCCACGGAGGAGCAUCCCCAUAUAGGCAAUUACCGCCUCCUCAAGACCAUCGGGAAGGGCAACUUCGCCAAGGUGAAGCUGGCACGACACGUCCUGACCGGACGAGAGGUGGCCGUGAAGAUUAUAGAUAAAACCCAGCUGAAUCCCACUAGUCUACAGAAGCUCUUCAGGGAAGUCCGAAUAAUGAAGGUACUGAAUCAUCCAAAUAUAGUGAAAUUGUUUGAAGUGAUUGAGACGGAGAAGACACUUUAUUUGGUGAUGGAGUAUGCCAGCGGUGGAGAGGUAUUUGAUUAUCUAGUUGCUCAUGGCAGAAUGAAGGAGAAGGAGGCCAGGGCCAAGUUCAGACAGAUUGUGUCUGCAGUGCAGUAUUGUCACCAGAGGAGGAUAGUACACAGGGAUCUUAAGGCAGAGAACCUGUUGUUAGAUGCAGACAUGAACAUCAAGAUCGCCGACUUCGGCUUUAGCAACGAGUUCACUGUGGGCAGUAAGCUGGACACUUUCUGUGGCUCCCCUCCGUACGCUGCUCCAGAACUCUUCCAGGGCAAGAAGUACGAUGGACCAGAGGUGGAUGUCUGGAGCUUGGGGGUCAUCCUCUACACGCUGGUCAGCGGAUCGCUGCCCUUUGACGGCCAGAACCUAAAGGAGCUGAGGGAGAGGGUCCUCCGGGGAAAGUACCGCAUUCCUUUCUACAUGUCCACAGACUGUGAAAACCUGCUGAAGAAGCUGCUCGUGCUCAACCCCGUCAAACGAGGGAGUCUGGAGCAAAUCAUGAAAGACCAUUGGAUGAAUGUGGGUCACGAGGAGGAGGCGCUACAACCUCACAUCGAGCCUGAGGCCGACUUCAGUGAUUCAUCCAGAAUAGAGCUCAUGGUCACGAUGGGUUUCCCGAAUGAUGAGAUCACAGAGGCUCUAAAAGCCCAGAAGUACGAUGAAGUCAUGGCCACCUACCUGCUGCUGGGCAGAAAAGCUCCAGAGUUUGAGGGCAGCGAGCCUCUGUCCAACAGCAUCCUGGGCCAGCGGCAGCGACCGACCAGUGACAUCAACAACGGCUCCAGCGUUUCUCCCGCCCAUCCCAAGGUCACGCGCAGCAUCUCGGCCAAUCAGAAGCAGCGCCGCUACAGCGAUCAUGUUGGUCCUGCGGUUCCUCCAGCCACAUCGUACACUAAGCGUGGCCAGGCCUUGAGCGUGGAAAGUGACCACAGGGAGGAAUGGGACGGAGCGCGCCGGCUGGAGCUCAACACCUCGAAAGGAGAUGUCCCUGCUUCACCACUGGGGGUGCAGGAGAGGAAGAAAACUACAAGUGCUGUCGGGACCAAUGGAUCGAUGACUCGCAGGAACACGUAUGUGUGUGAACGUACCUCCACUGACCGAUAUUCAGCGAUUCCCAACGGCAAAGACAGCAGUUUAACCGAGGUGUCAGGUAGCACCCCAUCGACUGCAAUAAGCUCCACACGACCUCGACACACUAAGUCAAUGUCAUCGUCGGGGCAUCCUUCAAAGAGCACCCUCCCCCCCAUCGACGACAACACGGAGCUGAAAGCCAGCUCCUCUCCGCGGGGUCCCUCCACCUCUCCGUCUGCACACAGUAUUAGCACGCCCGAGAAGAACCGCUUCCCCCGUGGCACCACCAGUCGCAGCACGUUCCACGGCGCCCAGCUGAGAGACCGACGCAGCGCCACGUACAACGGCCCCCCCGCCUCGCCCACGCUGUCCCACGACACGGGGGCUCUCGCUCAGCAACGCAGGGGCACCUCCACUGGAAUCAUCGGCAAGAUCACCUCCAAGUUUGUGCGCAGGGUGCCCAGUGAGGGAGAGGCCAGUGCCACGGCAGGAACACCGAGGAGUGUGUCCGGCGAUCCCAAAGAGGACGGCGCUCGGGACUCCAAGCCUCGCUCGCUACGUUUCACCUGGAGCAUGAAGACCACCUCCUCCAUGGAGCCCGCCGAGAUGAUGAGGGAGAUCCGGAAGGUCCUGGACGCCAACAGCUGCGACUACGAGCAGCGCGAGCGCUUCCUGCUCUUCUGCGUCCACGGCGACGCCCGCCAGGACAACCUGGUCCAGUGGGAGAUGGAGGUGUGCAAGCUGCCGCGCCUCUCGCUCAACGGCGUGCGCUUCAAGCGGAUAUCGGGCACGUCCAUCGCCUUCAAGAACAUUGCCUGCAAAAUUGCCAACGAGCUCAAACUGUGACGACAGACGGAGUCCCAGUCAGUCUUCGGUGAGCUCUGGUCGCGGUCUCAUCUCAUCGCUGGAUGUUGACUCACAGGACAAACUUCAGCACUGUAGGUCCUCGCCGUGCAGAAUCAGGGUGGACUUGGCUGGUAACGUGCAAUACUGGCCACGAAUGUACUGUACAGGGUAGUGGAUCGGAGAGAUCGCGCAAGAAUUAACCUCUUUGACGGAGAGAUAGCAGAAACAGCUAACCCCCGCCCUCUCUCUUUUUUUUCUUCCGUCCGACUCUCUCUCUGUCUCUCUCAUCAGCCCACUGCUCCUCGUCAUAGGACACAUUCAUGUAACAUGCAGUAUGCAACUGAAGAUGACCAUCCUGCAAUAAUGUUUUCAAUCUCUUUUUCUAAUCGCCUACUACAAGAUCUACUGUCCUCGCUGAAAAACCAUUAAAAUUACUGAAAGCUAAAAUAGCCGCUUUGACACCUGUGUUAAGUCAGUAUAUAGAUCAGGCUGGAGCCCAUACUAAAACUAUGUAAAAAGAGAGUUGUACUGUAUGCAUAACAUCUGCAGGUACUGUAUUGUAUAUUGAUUUUGCGUUCUGUACAGGAUUUUAUUGUCAAUACUGUCUUUUUUCAUUGAAUUUUAAGUUCUUUCCUAAUAUAAUUGAUGUCUCUUAGAGCAUUAUCCUUUCAGCCUGUGAGUUUUUUUAAUUCCUUUUUUGUAAGAGCCACCAUAUGACAAGUGUUUUUAAUUUUAUUUAAAGAGCACUAAAUUAUUUUGUGGAAUAUUAAGGGACGUGUUCCCUUGCCUUUUAUGUUCUAUUUUAUUUGCCUACAGAGAAAAAGAAAAAAAAACACUACGUUGCACCACAUAGACUUGAGUAGUAAGUUCAGUUCAAACUGAGAAAUGUGUUCACUUUAUUUUCUCUCAGCAGCAGGUCGGCGAUUCGGAGGGGCCUGCUGCUAUUGCACAAGUUUUCCAGGGUGACGUGUAUGAACAUGAGAGUAUGCACCUGUGUUUCUUUCAUGUUAGUUUGGUAGUUCUCAAUUACAAACAGAACGCAGGGUUUAAAUCGGUUUACUUUAUAAAAACAAAAAAGGACGGGACACCCUUUUCCGAAGGAGUGAAGAUGCAUGAAAAGUCAAACAAUCAUCCUGAAAGAAGCAGAAUUUUCUAAAGUGUCUGAUUUAAUCCUGCCACCAGUGUGAUUGUGCAGGUACUUGUGUAUCUCCUCGCUUGUGGUUUUCUUUUUUUUGUUGUUUUCUUUUUUUUAAUUCAGCGGAAUUUAUUGUAUUUAUUCCAUUACAUUGUAAUGUGCUGCUUUGUAGAAUUGAGGCGUGCACUUUG